CUUCCUGUCGUCUGCACCUCUUCGCGCACCCGCACCUCCGCGGCCAAGAGCAGCGCCGGGAGCGGGGCAGAGAGGGGCGCGGGGAGGAACGUAGGGACCGAGGGUGAGGUUUCCCAGGACCAGCUUUCGAGGCUGCACCCGAUGAAGGAUGGCUGACAGCCUCCCUCUGGCCGAGGCAACGGCUUCACAGGAACUCAAUGGCGACUUCAAAAAGCCAGCCCAGCCGGUGCCCCCGGCGGUGCGGGGCAAGUUCCCGGCCGCCAAUCCUUCAAACCCUGAGGAGGUGAAGGAGGGGCCCGCGGCACUGCCGGACGCAGAUUCCGGGGACCCCGACGUCCCCCCGGCUGGGCCGGAUCGCGCGGAGACGCGGAGUCCUCCGGAGGAGAAGCCGCGGCCCCCCACAGCGGCUCCUGCCCCCGACGGCCCGGCCCGGCCCCCCCCUUACCGAGAGCCGCCGUGGGGCGGCCCCGUCUCGGGCCCCUACAGCCUCGAGACCCUGAAGGGCGGCACGAUCCUCGGCACCCGCAGCUUGAAAGGGAUCAGUCGCUGCCUUUUCGGGCGGCUGCCGAGCUGCGACGUGUGCCUGGAGCACCCGUCGGUGUCUCGCUUCCACGCCGUGCUGCAGCACGGGGGCGGCCCCGACGGGCCCUCGGACGGCCAGGGGCCCGGCUUCUACCUCUACGACCUGGGGAGCACCCACGGCACCUUCCUUAACAAAGCCCGCAUCCCGCCCCGCACCUACUGCCGGGUCCACGUCGGGCACGUCCUUCGCUUCGGCUGCAGCACCCGGCUCUUCCUCCUGCAGGGACCAGAGGAGGACCGAGAGGCCGAGUCCGAGUUGACAGUCACGCAGUUGAAGGAAUUGCGCAAGAAGCAGCAAAUGAUGCUGGAGAAGAAGAUGCUAGGGGAAGACUCAGAUGAAGACGAGGAGAUGGAUGCCAUUGAAAGCAAGAGAAAUACUGCCGGUCAAGAUGACGAAAUGGGCUGCACCUGGGGAAUGGGAGAAGAUGCUGUAGAAGAUGAGGCUGAAGAGAAUCCCAUUGUUUUAGAGUUUCAGCAGGAAAGGGAGGCCUUUUAUAUAAAGGAUCCAAAAAAGGCUCUCCAAGGUUUUUUUGACCGAGAAGGAGAAGAAUUAGAAUAUGAAUUUGAUGAGCAGGGACAUAGCACCUGGCUCUGCAGGGUGAGAUUACCCGUGGAUGAUUCAACUGGAAAGCAGCUGGUGGCUGAGGCCAUUCACUUAGGAAAGAAAAAAGAAGCAAUGAUCCAGUGUUCGCUGGAAGCUUGUCGAAUCCUUGAUACUUUGGGAUUGCUGCGGCAGGAGGCAGUAUCUCGGAAAAGGAAAGCAAAGAACUGGGAAGAUGAAGACUUUUAUGACAGUGAUGAUGACACAUUUCUUGAUCGGACUGGCCUGGUUGAGAAGAAACGGCUGAACCGAAUGAAGAAGGCUGGGAAGAUUGAUGAGAAGCCAGAGACCUUUGAAUCCUUGGUUGCAAAGUUGAAUGAUGCUGAAAGGGAACUCUCUGACAUUUCUGAGAGACUGAAAGCCUCAAGCAAAGCUCUAUCUGAGUCAGCAUCUCAGGACUCUUUAGAUGCAUUUAUGUCGGAAAUGAAAUCAGGGAGUGCAUUAGAUGGUGUGUCCCGGAAGAAACUUCAUCUGAGAACUUUUGAACUGAGGAAAGAACAACAGAGACUGAAAGGGUUGAUAAAAAUUGUAAAGCCAGCAGAGAUUCCAGAACUAAAAAAGACUGAAAGUCACACUAUAGAUGCUGAAAACAAAGCUAAAAAGCUUACAUUGCCUCUCUUUGGUGCCAUGAAAGGAGGAAGCAAAUUCAAAUUAAAAACUGGGACAGUAGGGAAGUUACCCCCCAAGCGUCCUGAACUCCCUCCAGCUCUAAUGAAAAUGAAGGAUGAGCCUGAAGUGGAAGAGGAGGAGGAGGAAGAGGAAGAGGAAGAAGAGAAAGAAAAGGAGGAUCAGGAAGAGAACAAAGUGGAGGCUGGAAGCAGUAGGCUACAGCAGAAGAGAGGGCCAGUGCAGGAGAUGAGUCCUCCCAUUGAUCUCACGUGUUCUAAAGAAACAAAACAGCAUGAAAACAGGUCUCAACUCAGCCAAGUGGAACAGAAUAAAGAUGAUCAGGACAUUAGUGAAACAGCUGCAUCACGUGAGGAACCCUCAGUAUCAAAGAAUGAAUAUGGGAAAAACAGAGAUGAACUGAAGAAAAAGAAAGCUCCUGGUCCAGGCAAACUUCCACCAACACUUUCCUCCACAUAUCCAGAAGAUGACCCAGACUACUGUGUGUGGGUCCCACCUGAAGGUCAAAGUGGAGAUGGCAGGACCCAUCUUAACGACAAGUAUGGCUACUAAUUGCUUCAGAAUCCUAAAAGAAGACCUGCGGACCAUGUGAUACGGGAUAUUUAGGAUAACAUAUCAAGUUGAAUGUCCAGAGAAGGAUUUCAGAUGAUCAUUUGUAAAAUCUGGUGAUUGGCCUUCUCUCCUAUCCUGUUUGCUUCCUAAAUUUAUCUACCCAUCUGAUUUUCUUGAAUUUGAUAUUUAUGUUUAAAAGUGUUUGUGUAUGUAUAUAAAAAGGAACCAUAUAUUUUGAGACUUAGUAAAGUAAGAGACAUGUCUAUGUUAAAGUGA